AUGGAUGCCAAGAAGAGAAGAGGCGUAAACAUCUUAGAUGACAUUGUAGAAGAGAUUCUGGUGAAGGUUCCGGUGAGAUCACUGGUGAAAUUCAAAGCGGUGUCGAAACAAUGGAAAGGAACCAUAGAAUCAAAGUGGUUCGCAGAUAAACAGGUCAGGUCUCAGAAAUCUCUAGGGGGAGGACAAGCGAGAAUCGUCAAAAUUGUACCACGAUGUUUUGGGAGAAAAACACGCAGAACUCGUCUCACUCUAGAAAAUCUGUUGUUGAUGCCUCCCAAUGGACUCGUUUAUACUUCUCCAUAUCGACUCAUUAGGCAUCCUCGCCCUCGCCUUCGCCUUCGUCUUCGACGUUAUAAAAUCUCGGAGCCUUGCGACGGUUUGUUUUGCAUCUACACGAAAGAUCGUGAGCUUAUUCUUGUUAAUCCUGCCACAAACAGCAGUCGCAUACUCCCUGAUCCCAAUCCUGAUCCUUAUCCCUCUACUCUCCCCGAAGAUGUUUGGCGUAGGCAGAUUACUUUGGUAGGGAUCGGAAGAGAGAAUGUUGCGAAUAAUCCAAGGUGCAAGGUUUUUGCCCUCGACUCUAAUACUUGGAGAUACGUAGAUCCGCCUAACCGUCAAAGACGUUUCAAAGCUAUUCGGUUACACCGGAUGUCGGGUCUAGAUACUUACAUGAAUUAA